GAAUAGUACUGUGUCAUCUGUGAUGACGCUUUUUUUGCGCGGCACAUGCGCAUUACGUUUUCAUCCGCCAGGGGCAGUGAGGAGCAUUAAGAUGGACACAGGGGAACCUCAUGCCCAGCGGCCCGUGUCUUUGGGCAUCACGGUUGAUGAUGAAGCUGCAGUUUCAGAGCCCGCUGCUGAAGCCCCCAGUCAGAUUCCCUCCAUAGAUAGCAUCCUUCCCCAAGAAGACAGCAUCGAUCUGGGCGGCACAGACUUUGUCACACCCCCAGGAGACAGCAGCAUCACACCCACUGAGAGCUUGAUGGACAGACUAAAUGAUCAGAUGAUGGAGAGCGUCAUGAUUUCUGACUCACCUAACAACAGUGAGGAGGACGACAUGGCUCCAAUCGACUCCUAUCUGGAUGGUGGGGAGCCGGAGAAUGCAACUCUUGGAAACUUAGAGGAGGACAGUGAAAUUGGACAGAACAUGACAGAAAUUAAAGUUUCAGUGGACCAACGGGAACAGGAAUGCUCUGAAGAGGAAAUAACAGAGGAGGAGGCCACACAACAGCAAGUCCCAGCUUCUGUCUCACCUCAAGACGAUACUUUGAGUCCAGCUGCUAAUACUGAUGAUGUUCCAGUCAGAGGGAUUAGUCCUAAAGAUGAGCCAGUGCCAGUGUGCACCAUAUUCAGCCAGAGCACCCUGCCGAAGUCGUUGGUGCCCGAUGGCUUCCAGCCUACCCUGAUCAAGUCCCCCAGCUUUACCAUGGGAAGUGCAGGUGGAAGUGACGAAGCUGUGACCCCCAGUAAGUUAACUGCUCCCCUAGUUUGUCAGCCCAGCCCUAGCCUCAGUAAGUUCUUUGCUGACAAUGGACAAGCCAAUCCAGCCUCUGACUUCUUUGAUUCUUUUACUGCUACAUCAUCCUUUAUUUCUGUUUCUAACCUGAACGCUGACCUUUCUCCUGGGGCUGGCUCGCCACCCAUGCCUCUUACCCCAGAGCACCAGCUCUCUUCAGCCUCCUCCAUCUCCACCCCAGGAGCACUUUUAGACUCUGCAUCUCCGACGCCGAGCCCAGUGUUUGGCCCUGCUUCCACUGAACCAAACGCUAACUCCCAACCGCUUCCACCCCAGACUGUCCCAGCUCCAGUCCCCAUUUCAGCCACACAGGCACAGCCCUUCAACCAGCUCCAAGCUGUGUUCUCAGGGAGCGAUGACCCGUUUGCGAUUGCGCUGAGCUUGAGUGAGGUGGACAGGCGACAUGAUGCCUGGCUGCCUUGUGAGGAGACGAGAAAAGUCUUGAUAUCUGUUGCCACCCAGCAGUACAGCCCUGCAUAUGUAGAGAGCAACAAACUCACAAUGCCUGGGCUGAAAUUUGACAACCUGCAGGGAGAUGCUGUAAAAGACCUCAUGCUUCGUUUCUUGGGAGAGCAGGCAGCCAUGAGGCGUCAGGUCCUCACCGCCAACUCUGUGGAGCAGUCUUUCAUCGGCCUCAAGCAGCUCAUUAGCACUAAGAACUGGCGGGCUGCCGUGGAUCUGACAGGACGGUUGUUGACAGCUCACGGUCAGGGAUACGGAAAGGCCGGCCAGCCAACCUCUCACACCACUGACUCACUGCAGCUCUGGUUUGUGCGGCUGUCUCUUCUCACCAAGUUGAACCUUUUCCAAAAUGCUGAAAUGGAGAUUGAACCCUUUGGCAACCUCGACCAACCAGAUCUGUACUAUGAGUACUAUCCAACUGUUUACCCUGGGAGGAGAGGCUCAAUGGUGCCUUUCUCCAUGCGGCUGCUGCACGCCGAGCUUCCCCAGUACCUGUCCAAACCCCAGGAGGCUCUGGACCGCCUGCACAACCUCAAAACUGUCUGCCUUGCUAUACUGGAAAACCUGGAGAAAGGCUUGGCAGAGGAUGGCAGCAUGAUCACCCUAGCACAGGAGAACAGGCAAGCAUCCCUAAAGCUGUGGAGGUCUCGUCUCAGUCGGGUCAUGUACUCCAUGGCCAACUGCCUGCUGCUGAUGAAGGACUACGUUCUGGCAGUGGAGACCUAUCACUCCAUCAUCCAGUAUGAACCCCAGCAGAGAGUGCAGCUGCUCAGUGGAAUCGGACGCAUCUUCUUGCAGAUCGGAGAUGUGAAAACUGCAGAAAGAUACUUCCAGGAUGUGGAGAAAGUCUACGAGACAAAAGGGAGUAACUUCAGUCACGCUACAUGUGUUCUAAUGAACAGGGCCUUCGUCUACCUCAGUCAGAAUAAUUACGCUGAAGCACACGCAACUUUCCUUGAGGUUUUAAAAAUUGACCCAAAACAUCCAGUUGCAAAUAACAACGCUGCAGUGUGUCUCCUCUACCUGGGCCGCCUAAAGGAGUCAUUGGGCCAGCUGGAGGGCCUGGUUCAGCAGGACCCCACCCAGUACCUCCACGAGAGCGUCCUCUUCAACCUGACCACCAUGUAUGAACUGGAGUCGUCGCGCAGCACCCAGAAGAAGCAGGCGCUGCUGGACGCUGUGUCCUGCCGGGAGGGAGACAGCUUCAAUGCGCAGUGCCUCAAAUUGGUCUGAGAGAAAGAAGGACAACUGGGAAAAAACUGUGCUGCUGCUGCUGCUGCCCCGUGUUAACGACGGGUACUACAGCUCUGUGUUCAGAGAGGGACUAAGCCGGACUCCUGUGGGACAGUAAAACCAAUGCUUACUGUUCGGUUUCAGAGAUGAUAAAAGGGGAUGUUUGAGAUCGGCUUUUAUCGCACUAACGCGAUCUAGCACUCCUGCCAUGUGAGCAGCGACCCAGGAACAGUCCUCACUUAUAGCAUUUUGAGACUUAAGGAAUUUGUGGUGAAUGUGCUUAUUUGUUCUGUUGUUUGUGCUGCAGCUCUGCAUAAAUACUGAGGGAGUGAAUGCCUGGCUCCAAGGCAAAAAAAAAAUAAUAAUAAUAAUCCAAAUAUGCAACACGUGACAUAUCUGACAACAAGAUGAAACACUGAAAGAGGGAUGGAAAUGCAUAAUGAUGGAGCCAAUAUACUGGCAAAACGAUGGAAGAAUGAAUGUAUGGUUUAACAGAUGGAAGGAACAGGCUCUUAGUGAACAGGAUAAGGAAUGAGUCUGGUAAUAUGGUAAUAUUAAUGUUCUCUCCUCACCCAAACAUAAAAAGCCUCUUAAAUAAAAUUCAGCAGUUUUCCAGACUGCUUAGGAACUGUGUGCAAGAAGCUUUUCUACAUCCAGACGCUGAUCAGACAGAACCCUCAGUUUUAUCAACUAAAAGUUGUUUCUUUAAUGGUUCAUUAUUACCUGGAUACAGUAAUGUUAGGUUUUCUUUAGCUCUGCUCCAACCAUCAAGUUGCAUGUGUGCAACACUACUCAAAAUCUUCUGGAUGGAUCUGCGUUAAAAAUUUAAGUAAAUCUGGGAUAAAGCUUGAUCCACAUCAGUGAUUUCUCUCUCUCUCUCCCUCCAAGCUGGAAUGUGGUUCUUUUUAGGCCCGUCUAUUUAAGCUGUCACAUGACCCUCUGUUCAAAGAUCAUUACAGCGAGACCAACCAUAAAAACAGCCCCAUCUUCUGUAGUCACUUCAAAAAGACAAGAUAGGCUGCUCUUUAAAAUCAAUAAACAUGUUUCCUAAACAUUCCUCUCAGUAAAUAUAUUACAACUGAGAAAUUCAAAAUCCCCCCCAAAAAAAUAAUGAUGUAUAUGAGCAGUUUUCAGAAACUUUUAGUCAGGAGGACGUGUUGUUACACUACAGGAGCUGCUGGCUCACAGUGAGACCAGGCCUGGGCAUUAUCUUGAGCUUCAGACUCCUUAAACUUUUUAAUGCAGCUUCUACAGGAUUACCACUAGAUUUCGUCACUCCUGCAGUGAAAAUUAACAAGCCCCUCAGAUUGCAUCGGUUUCAUUCCCACUGAACAGAAAUGGAAAAAUAUUCAAAACCCAAAGUUGUACAUAUCUGAAACGUCAUCUUGAUUAUCUUAUUGAUUCGUUUUGCUUUUUCUUCUGCUGUUGUCUUUAUGUUUAUCAUUAUGUAUGUAUAUAAAGAGCUGUUUUAUCCUGAAUAAAUCUAUUGUGUCGCAGUAA